AUGCAAGCAUGGACAGCAGGGCCACCUCCACCUGUGCCCCAACCUUGGGUAUGGAGGUGCGUCAAAUGCCAACGUGACUAUAGAAUCGGCGUCACCUCGCGCUGUCUAAGUUGUGGGCAAAGAUUUGCAUAUUUCAACAAGGACAAGAACAAGAACAAGAACAAGGACGAGAACAAGCCAAAGAAACUGCACUGUGAAACUGACUUUGCUUAUCAGGACUGGCUUAGAUGGGCUCGAUGGCGGGACAUGGCAGAAGUAGAAAAGACAAUGGCACAGGACGACCCUGACAGGCCGAUGCUGUUUGAAGCCGAUACAGCGCACCAGCUGUACUAUGAACUUCAGCAGGAGCGCCGAAUGAGGCUCAUAGCAGGACGUCAUGACUGCAUCCGGGACUGCUCUUAUAUUGGUCAAUGCCGUACAGAAAGGCAAGAGAGAUUGACUCAAGGAGAGCAGUCUGACGACGAUGAGACCAUGGAAGACUCAGAGCCCGCGCAGCCCGUGGAGGAACAGACAGGCAAAGAAGGAGGCGGAGAAGGCAUGGAAGUCGAGCAGUCCACAGACCAAGAUGAACAUGACACUGUGGCUAUGACAGACGCUGCUUCCCUUGAAGCAGCACAUCUACUUGUGAACUUGGGCCCGGAUGUGAACAUGGCCGUGAGCACUACUGAAGAUACGGACACAGACAUGAGCACGGUCGAAGAUGCGAACGGAGACAUGACAGUGGACGAGAUCGUGCCGAAGCGUUUUUCUUGGCUGCGAUGGUAG